AUGGUGUACACAGCUAUUAGAUCCCCACCCUCGGCCGUCAAGAAAGUCGGCGCAAUGGAAGGUAACACCAAGUUCAAGAUCCAAGCAGCAGAGAAAGGAGUUGGGCUGAAGUUCUUUGUAAACCACAAAGCGGACUUUAUAGCUCAAGUUUUCCCAACACCUUCCGUUCAUAUGAAGGAGUUGGAAUUCUGA